AUGGAAAUGACUCCGAUGAUGCUCCUGCCCAGCUUAAGGAAGUUCAAGUGCCCCUGGGCGCACUGUGGAAAGUCCUUCAAUCGCAAGUCCGACCUCUGCCGACAUCACCGCAUUCACACCAACGAGCGACCAUACCACUGCACCGUCAAAGGCUGCAACAAGAGCUUCGUCCAGCGCAGCGCGCUAACCGUCCACUUCCGCACGCACACCGGCGAACGCCCACACGUCUGCAAUUUUGCCGGUUGCGAGAAGGCCUUCUCGGACUCCUCAAGUUUAGCCCGCCACCGGCGCACCCACACCGGCACAAAACUGUACAAUUGUCCCGAGAGAACGUGUCCCAAGAGCUUUUCCCGCAGAGAAACACUAGCGAACCAUCUCCACCGCCAUCAUCCGGCCAUCAUAGGCCUCGCGCAUCCGCAAUCGCAUACGCAUGCCUGUGAAGACGCAGCUUUUACCGAAUCGCCGUCUCCGUAUCAGAGUAUAUUGCCUCUAUCGGCGAGCGGGGCGUUUGGACCGGCGUUCUACAUGCAGCAUGACCUUCCCGUGAGCUACGCGCCAACGCAACAGUGUAUACCGCUCCAAUCGGCCUUCCCCGUGGCGAUGCAGGAGAUGCAGUAUUCGCUCUCCAGCAAUUCUCUACAGCAGUUUCAGGACUUCGGGAUCGUGGGGCUCACAGAUUAUCGCGUUUUAGAUUCUAGACAGGGGCUAAGCAAUGGUUAUGAGCUCUCUGGGUGA